AUGGCCCCCCGGCCGUCGCACCCCCUGCACGUAAACCGCGCCAUCAUGCAAACAGAGGAGGUGAAGUCGCGGUUCGGGCGGUGCCCGUACUGCCGCGCCAUGAUCUACCAGGACCUCAGCGCCAUCAUCUUCUACUGCAGCAAGUGCCGCACGCCCAUCCGAGGCAAGAACCCGCAACCCACCGACGAGACCGAGUACGCGCUCGCGCAGCUCGAGAUCCUCUCUGCCGACACCGCCUCCGUGUUCUCCGACGACGUCGAGCCGCCGAUUCCGAGGUCAGCUUGGGCCAUCGAGGAUGACGACGGUGGGCGGCCGCCGCUGCAGAGCAGGUCAGCUACCGGAAGAAGCUCCGUGCCGAGCACGAGCAGGCAGGGCGCAGGAGCCGCGUCGUCCUCGUCGUACAGAGACAGAGACUUCGGUUCGGUCAGGGCAGGUCCAAGAAGCGGCGGCGGCGCUCUCAGCUCCGGCCCGAAUCGGGAUCACCAAACGGAGGCCGCGAGAAGCGCGUCGCCGCUGCACAGUCGCGUGACCCAGCUCCUGCCGUCGUCACGGCGGACCAGGCGAUCGAGCACAGGCGACGUGGACGUGCGCAGCGACGCGGGAUCGGACACCCAGUCGGACUCCGACGCGCCCGCGACGGCUACUACGUCUUACUACACGCGCCGGUCGUCGCCGCUGAGCUCGCAAGAACUCGAAGUGGCGACGGCCUUGUCCGGAUUCGAGCCGGCUGACCUUACGAGGACGCCACUCAGUGAUCCGGCGUUCCAGAAGGAUCUCCUGCAGGCGCUGGACAACCUCCGGAAGCUCAUCGCCGCCGUCGACCAUCCGCGGAGCAUCGGCGGGCACUGGCAGGGCGCCAUGCCUCGGCUGAGCGCGUCCUGCAACGACGAGAGCGGCGGCAAGCGUACGAUAACGAGGCGCAGCUCCCGCCUCAUGCGCCGCCUGGAGUCGCAGCUCACGCGGGCGUUGCCCGCCGAGCGCCCGCGCCGAGACGCCAGCACUUCGUCCUCCUCUUCGGCGUCGAGCAGCCGGCGCGGUGGUACCAGGGCGCGGGCGCACCAAUGCCGCCCGGUGCUAGGCGGCACGCCGUUCGUUGUCUGCGGCGAGUGCUCGGAGGUACUGCAGCUGCCGCCCUCCCUGCCCGCCGGCAGAGUCUCCAGGCUGCAGUGCGGCGGCUGCGGCGAAGCGUUGGAGCUGACGCUGCCGGCGAUCGGCUCGACGGACCUGCCCAAGAAGAUCUUUUCAGCUCCGCAGCCUGCUGCUGUCUGCGCCGGUGAGGACGCCGAGGAGUAUCCGCUCACGAGAAGCAACCUGAGCGGCGAGCAGCCACGGGCGGCGGGGCUGCUGCACCGCAUGCUGGGGUACAGCUCCGUUAGCUCGGUUCUACGCAGCCGGCGGUACGGCGAGUACAGCUGA